AUGGUCACUAAAUCUGCACAAGUUCUAGAGGAAAUCAUUAACGCCGGAAUGACAACAAUCGAUGUACGCAAACCAAACGUUCAAUUCGAUCACGUGGUUACGGUAGUAGAGCCAGAGGUAGUCCAGCUCGGUCUGCGACUGUCGUCGCCUAGCGUGCCGUCGAUGAAGUUCAUCGACCUGGAAACGAUAUUGCAACGGCCGGGUACCUCCUCGUCAGCUAACACACUCAUCACUUCACCUCAGCGAGGAUCGGCGAACGCUGAACAUCGGAUCGUCGUCCUCGAAGGAGCAUCCCAGAAAUUCCACAAUGCUAUGACACUCAGUUUGAAGAAG